AUGUUGUUGGCCGUAAAGUCGUGCACAGCCCCACACCCGACCAACGGUGCGACCAGCACGGCCAACUGCUGUCCACUCCAGUUGGCUUGCAUGCUGUUGGCGGGAAAGCCGUGCACAGCCCCACUCCCGAGCAACGGUGAGACCAGCGCGGCCAACUGCUGUCCACUCCAGUUGGAUUGCAUGUUGUUGGCCGUAAAGUCGUGCACAGCCCCACACCCGACCAACGGUGCGACCAGCACGGCCAACUGCUGUCCACUCGGAAAGCCGUGCACAGUCCCACACCCGAGCAACGGUGAGACUCAGGCCAUCUGUUCCACCAAUGGCCAGAACCUGUAA